AUGAGCUCGGCGAUGCUCGAGAAAGUUCCAGAGUCCGAUGAAGCAAGUAUUCCCCUGAAUGUGCACCGAGGCGUUGGAACCCUGACGGAGGAAGCGCCCGAGGUGCAAAGCGUGGACAAGCCGUCGCGCAGGAGAGCACUGCGCACGACGCUCCUGUGUUUGUUUAACGCUUUAUGUACGAUCUGCAUCGUUAGCGCGAAUAAACUCGUCUUUGAGGGUUACGGGUUCCGCUACGGCACCACUCUAACGUUUUUCCACUUUUCGGCAACUGGACUGGGUCUCUUUGUGAUGGCCGUUGUGCGCGUUUUCCGGCCAAUACGUCUGGAUCUGCACAAAACCUGCCUCUUAGCAUUCUUCGGCAUGGGUUUCGUUGUCUUCACAAAUCUAUCUCUGCUGCACAACUCUGUUGCAUUCUAUCAGUUGUUCAAGCACUUGAACACGGUUGGCGUCAUUGUGCUCGACUGGUCACUGUAUCGGAAACCAUUGCCUCCACAGUUGCGGCUUCCGAUCUUUCUGCUGAUUGUCGGCGUGCUCAUCAAUACCUUUGGUGAUUAUCGGUUCAAUGUUCUUGGUACCGUAUAUGCCUCGGGGGGCGUCAUCGUAACGUCAUUCUACCAACUGUUGGUGGGGCGCUUCCAGGCGGAGCUACAUUGCGAUCCGAUGCAACUACAGUUUUACACCGCACCUCUCUCGGCCGUCUUUCUCGCGCCAUUUUUGCCCGUCUUUGACGAGUACCGAUGGUGGCGUGAAUCAUCCAUCUGGCGGCAUCCAAUGACUGCAGGAGGAGCGGGCGCCAUCUUUCUGUCAUCGCUUAUCGCUCUUCUUAUGAAUAUAUCAAUCUUCGCGGUGAUCGGGAACACAUCAGCCUUGACCUACAAUGUACUUGGACAUGCAAAGACCUCCAUCUUGCUCCUCAUGGAUUUUUUCCUUUACGGUAGACCACUGAAUUUGCAGAAUACUCUAGGAGUUUUAAUUGCGCUGGCGGGUGUGUUCCUCUAUUCGCGAGCAAAGCUCUCGAAGUAA